UUUUCUACUUCUAUUUUCUUGCUAUGGCUGCAUUUGAUUUAAACUUGCCAUUAGGGAACAAUGACUUGGGAUUUGAUCUAAACGUUGGCUUACAAGAAGAUGGCAAUAUUGGUUUUGACUUGAACUUGCCAUUAGAUGAGUAUGGUGCGGUGGAUCUCAACUUCUUACAAGGAAACAUUCAUGAAAAUGUUGCGGCUCCCAUUCAAGUAAACCGUCAAAAGAUUCAGAUGACCGAAGAAGUCCGAAAACAAGUGUACCAAGCAUUGUUGGCUAGAAGCAAGAAUGGCAAACUUGGCAAGAAAGAUACAACAAUAGUUGCUAAUCAAUUUGGAUUGAAAGUUAGAUCGGUUCAGCGCUUAUGGAAGAGAGGUAAAACCCAACUUGCUAAUAAUAUUCCGGUGGAGGUUGCUAGUAGAAAGAGGGGUAGAUGUGGUCGUAAGUUGAUUCCUCUUGACUUAGAACAAUUGCGCAACAUUCCUCUCAAGCAACGAAUGACCAUAGAAGAUGUUUCUAGUAGACUUGGGAUUAGCAAAUCUAGGAUACAAAGAUAUUUGAAGAAGGGAAUGCUUAGGCGGCACUCUAGUAGCAUCAAACCCUACCUCACUGAUGCUAACAAAAAGACUAGGUUGAAGUGGUGCAUUGACAUGAUUGAGCAAGGUUUGCUUGAUGACCCAAAGUUUAAGGAUUUUUUUGACUUUGUGUUUAUUGAUGAGAAGUGGUUCUACCUUAGUCAAAAAUCUGAGAAAUACUACUUGCUACCCGAGGAAGAUGAACCACAUCGCACUUGCAAAAACAAAAAUUAUAUUCCUAGGAUCAUGUUUUUGUGUGUGGUUGCUCGGCUAAGAUUUAGAGAUGGAGAAUGUGUGUUUGAUGGAAAAAUAGGUUGCUUUCCACUUGUCACUUAUGAAAGAGCUAUUAGAGAUAGUGGCAAUCGCCUACGUGGAGCUCUAGUAGUCAAGCCAAUUCAAUCAAUUACAAGAGAUGUGAUAAGAGAUUUCAUGGUGAAUAAAGUGUUGCCGGCAAUUCGAGCCAAGUGGCCAAGAGAGGAUGUGGACAAGCCUAUUUUCAUACAGCAAGAUAAUGCACCUUCUCAUUUAAAAGUUGAUGAUCCUCAGUUUUGUGAGGUUGCUAAACAAGAUGGGUUCGACAUUCGGCUUAUAUGUCAACCACCCAAUUCUCCAGAUUUUAACAUUCUAGACUUGGGGUUUUUUCGGGCUAUUCAAGCUAUUCAAUACAAGAAAAAUGCAAAAACAAAAGAAGAUUUAAUUCCAAUCGUGCAGCAGGUACAUUCAUCACAUGUUCUCUUGUUACAUUUCAUCGUCAACAACUAAAUGGAUUACUCAUUGU